AAAAAAGUUUCACCACCUUCUUCGCCUUUCUCCUCUUCCACAACCGCAACCACCUCGUUCACUUGUUACAAAUCGAAUCAAGAAUACACCGGUCCCUAUGCGGCAUGUCCAAUCGUGGACUAUGUGCGCUGGCAAGAUUUAUGCGAAACAUCCGAAGAGGCAGCCGAAAUCUUUGCAAGAUUUCCUCAUAGCAUUAUAUUGAGAGUUUUGCGGGAGUUGGACUUCACGGACAUUGUAUCAUUUUCUAGGGUCAACCGAAGAUGCAUGACCCACACUCUCGACCCGUCGUUCUGGCACUCCAUCUUAAAACGAGAUUGGAAGGAUUGGAGAGGGUAUGCGGAAGUAUUGAAACGAUACAACAUUGCACCGACAUGGAAUGGAAACAUUAAAUCCACCGAGGAGGAUACAUUGGCCUUGAAACAUGCUUACCUGACGUUAGCCACAUGUAAACUUCCGAUGUCCGAACGAAGAGACUAUCUGGAUUCGACGGGAAGUUGGUGGGCAAAAGAUGAAUUUAAAUUGUGUUCGGUGUCGUUGAAGUAUCCUCCGAGGGGCUGGUAUGACGUUGUGUGGAGGAUGAGAAUUGACAAAAUUGUGGGUGAACCCGAAUUUGGAUUUAAUACCACAGUGGAAACGAUGGAUGUUCGCAACAAAAAUCGCUCGGAAGACCGUUACUGCUACGUGGCUACAAAACAAGAUUUCACGCAGGUGAUCGGCAAAGGAUGGUUCUAUUUCGUACUUCCCUACGCCGCCCUUGUAGAGCCCUAUAAAACUGUGCGUAACCUGAAGGAGAUGAAACUGCGCAAGGCGAUGAAGAUUAAUUUUGAGUUGACAACGUUUAAUAAGAAUGCGCAGUGGGAUUUUAAUUCAGGACAUGGAUUCACGAUCGACUACGUGGCCAUAAGACCCCACAUCCACUACGAUUUACCACGCAUAAACAGGUAUUCAUCGGGCAGCAAUUCGUCACAUUGUAGCACCGAUUCGGGAAUCGCAUGGAAGUCGGCAAGGAUGAUACAGAAGAGGGCGAGCGUGAUUCUGGGACCGAAGUGGUCGGCAAAACUUCUUGACUAA